CCGACGGCCGCUCGAGCGUACGGGCAUCACAAAACAGCUCUCUCCUCUCCGCCCGCCCUUCCUCCCUCCCAUCAACGACCGUCCCUACUUCUCCUCCCGCGACGCCAUGGAACGCGAAGCGACCAUCAGCCCCAAGGCGCUCCUGGAGCCCGAGCUGCCGUACAAGCCCCACGAUGUCCUCGACGAGACGGCCAAGACGGCGCUCGUCGGCCUCGGCAGCGGCUUCUUCCUCGCCGCCAUCCGGAACGCCAUGGCGAAGCGCAACGUCGGCGCCCUGAGCGUCUUUACUCGGGGAGCCCCCAUCAUCGGCAUCUGCGCUGCCGGCCCCGGUGCCUACGCCUUCUUCUCCCGGACGAUGAUGAACCUGCGCGAAAAGGACGACGCCUGGGCCGCGGCCUUUGGUGGCUUCAUGGGCGGUGCUGUCCUCGGCCUGCCCUCGCGCCGCAUGCCCGUCGUCGUUGGCCUCGGUGCCUUCCUCGGUAGCGUCCAGGGCGUCCUGCACCUGUUCGGCGGCCGCAUCGACAGCUUUAAGAAGGAGGACGACGAGUUUGCGCGCAAGGAGACGAUCCGACGGACAACGCGGGUGCCCAUUGAGCAGACGAUUUCCGAGGUCGGCGAGGGACGAGGCAUCCGUGCCCCCGGCUACGAAGAGCGGAGGAGGGAGCUCGUCAAGGAAAAGUACGGAUUCGAGGUCGACCCGGUCAGCGCCACCGUCGAGGGCAGCCAAUGAAGCUGGAAAGGCUGCGAUGGGAGGGGGAAAGCUGUCCGAUUUAUACCGAGUCGGAUGCGUGUACAUAUUACUACAAUCACCAAGCCCUUCCCGGGGGUCGAGGGGAGCGGCAUGCCACCACUAGAGAAUGGAGUUUCUUUGCUUGAACACCGGUCCUCACACGUGGUUUUACUCUGCGCGAAACUUGCGUGCUAUAUAAGCAGCCGGUCCGUGGUAGGGAAAGCUUGAAUAUGGCAGGUUGCUAGUUUGAUCGAUGAAUAAUGCCUGUGGAAUGGCAAGAAACGCCCGC